GAUGGCGGCCCGCCGGCCUGAGGAGAAGGCUUAGGGCUGGAGCUCGGGCCUCAGUUCGGGUGUGGUGAGAACUGCGCCUCGGGAGCGGCCAGUUUCGCUGUUUGGGGGUUGCAGAGAGGCUCGGUCUCUGUACCGGCCCCUGGUGAGGUCGAGCAGCGGCGCGUUUCCUCGCAGCAGCGAUCCUCGUUCCACUUUCUGCUGUGUCAAUACCAGGUCUGGUGAACUGAAUGAAGUGGGGAAAAAAAUGUUACUAUCACAGCUGACUUCCCGGCUACUGAAGGCUUCACGAGUUGCAGGGCACUUUCUGCCAAGGUCGGUGUCUUCCUUUCUUUGCUGUCAUUCUACAUCUGUGAACUAUUGCACGCAGCCACCUAAUAAGAAUGGAGCCCAGCCUCAGCGGUGGCACGUGCUGGAGCCUGAACUGGAAGAGAUGUUGGUCCCCAGAAAGCUUUCCAUCAGCCCCUUAGAAAGCUGGCUGACAGUCACAUACUCCCUUCCUAAAGCAGAGGUCAAUAGUGCUCAGGAAGAAGUGGGCUCUGGGCCUCUCCAGAGGUAUGUCUGUCCUCCAUCUGAUGAAGGAGCUGAUGUGGAAGAAGGGGAAGGAACACCAACCAACACACUGCAGUGUAAGAACGUGUUGGAGAUCCGCAGACGGAAAAUGAAUCGACACAAAUACAAAAAGCUGCUGAAGAGAAGGAAGUUUGUGAGAAGGAGGAUAAAGGAAGGGCGCAAGAAGAAACGGCAGGUAAAAUUUGAGAAAGAUUUGGAGCGCAUCUGGAAAAGAGCUGGUUUGAAAAAUCCUCCUGCAGGAUGGCAAACACCCAAGAUAUUUCUGAAAAGUUCCAAGCAUUAGAAAUACUUGUAACGAGUUUUCACAUGUAAUUGUAAUUAAAAGAAAUAUUUAAGUA